AUGCUCGAUGAACCAGCCAGAAACCAUCCAGAAAUAGGGCAAAGCAGAGGAGGUGAAUCCAAUUGAGCUGGAAAACGGAAACAACACUGGACUCCGCGGUUGACUUGGAAUUGGUACUCUCCGAUUGUUGACUAGUCAAUGGACGCUUCUUUUUAUUCGGUGAUUGGAGGAGAUCUUUCGGCCAGUCAGUUUCACUCUGGUCCAACUUUGGCUCGUUGUCUUCAUGAGCGGACCACGCUAAUUGUUCAUUUUCCCCCUCGAUUGCAUCAGAAACAAAGGGUAUGUAAGAGGGUCCAUAUCUCGUUUCGAAUGCUUCAGCAUCUCCAAUUCCAUCGCCCGUGUCUACAACUUCAUUCCAAACAGGUGGUGUAGGUAUCCUCAUUUUGUCUGGAUCGAAAUGAGGCAAAUGCGGGGGCAAACUAAAAUUCGGAGGUUCCCCACUAGGGUAGAUAGAUUCAUGACCCUCUGACCUAGGCAGGAAUUUAGCCCAUUCGAGAAAGGGUUUCGUAGGAUCGCCUGGGUCAGGAGCACCUUUUGUGAGUUUGACCACUUCGUCAUAAAUCAGACGUGCACCGGCCAGCCAAUCUGAGGAAACAAGAAGUUUUCUAGUCGCAUCCAGGUCGCCCCUAA